AUGGCCCCCAAGAAAAGGCCCGCUUCGGUGAAGAAGGAGCCCGAGACACCGCCGAAGAAGCCGAAGCCUGCAAAGGCAAACUCUCCGGCCAAGGCCUCGCCGGGAGAGCCAAGCUCUCCCGGCCCGAAGCUGGGAAGUCCCCAGCCACCGCCUCCACAGCCUGCAAAGGCAACACCUACACCACCGCCUGCCAAGGCAGGGCAGCCUGCAAAGGCAAAGGCCAAGGCCCACCCGGCUCCUUCCAGGGAUGCUUGGAAGGACCUUCGCUACCAGCUGGGCAGCCUGAAGAAGGCAGGAAAGGGAGCGAACCUUCGCGCCCAGUGGGAGAACUGCAAGAUCCAGUCCGAAAAAAGGACUUUCUACUACGAAGUGUUCCUUCUGGACCCAGAGGUAAGCCAGAAGGAAGUGCACAAGGAGAGCUUGCAAAAGCAGAGCAGCCUGCAGAAGGCGGUCACUGGGUGGAUGACCAUGUGGGAAAUCGGCAAGCUUGAAGGAGCAGACCCCUCGGUUCCUUCCUUCGAAAGCCUGUGCAAGGCAGCGGUUGAAGGGCUUCCGAGUCGGAAGCAUGAAGUGGAAGCUUGGGCAAAGCAAGGUGUGCUACAGUACUGGCACAGCAAGGAAUUGCACAAAGAGACGACGACGAAGCACUCGUCGACCACGAAGACCUCGGAGAAGGUCGGGGAGCUCGAAGAUGAGCCUUUCCGGAAGGUCGAAGAGGCCCUGAAAAUCGAGAACUCUGUCCGGCCGUUGAUGCUGGGAAACAGCAAGGCCGGAAAGGCCGGAAGCUCUGGUGACGGGCCGCCGCAGCUCGAGGAGGAGAAGCCGGAGGAGGAGCAGCCUGAGGAAGGCGAUCUCUACAAGAAGGCCGUGCAAGGCUUGAGAAAGGCAGUGAAUGCUUACAGCUCCGCCGCCAGCAAAGUCACGACGAUGCUGGCAAGCCUGGAGAAGGCAAACCCCGAGGUUCAGGCAGACCCGCAGCAUGCGGUGUCGAAGAUCGCACUGGGGGAUCUGGAAACUUCAAGCUCGAAAGAGCGAAACCACUGGAACACCGUUUUGGCCAGGUGGCCGGCGACGUGGGACAGGGCGGCUGGGUUUUUCAACGAGACCGAAAAGGUCGAGGAGGUGCAGCUCGAAAAGAGCAAGUGCGAGAAGGCUCUCAAGGAGCUGAACAAAGUGCUUGCCCCUACGAAGGUUUGGGCGAAAGGCAAGCUGGACUUCUAG